AAAUUCAUUUUUAUUCAGCAAUUUUUUUUUAUUGAAUUGAAUUAAAAAUAAUUGGAAUAUUAAAAUUACGACUAAAAGAUUAAAUAUUUUGUUGACACAAAUAUUUAGGAAGCAACUUUACAAUAAGCAGAAUUACUCGGUUAGAGGUAGAAUGGGUAUAGUGUAGGAGUUCGGAAAUUUUUACAUUUUUAUGAGUAAGAGAGUGAAACGAAAUGUGAAAAAAUUGUUACAAACACAAGCAUACUUGAACGAUCGUCGGAAGUUGAUCGCACCAAUUUUUAUUUUAUUUAUAUAAAAUAUUUUGUCUGAAUUCUCAAUUCUUUACUUUUCAUUUAUUUAGUUGCUAUUCAGCGCUCAAAUAAUCAAGUUAUUGGUGAUCGCAUUUAAAAAAUAAUUUUUCUUUUUUUUUUCAAACUUUUUUUGUUCUUUUUGAAUACUUCAUUUAAUACAUACAAAAUGAAACUUUACUCUGUCUCAGAUGGACCACCAUCCUUAGCUGUUCGAAUGACAUUAAAAGCUUUGGAUAUUCCUUACGAACUUCAUAAUGUGGAUUACGUAAAUAGUGAACAUUUGUCAGAGGAAUAUGCGAAGAUGAAUCCACAAAAAGAAAUCCCUGUAUUGGACGAUGAUGGAUUUUAUUUAUCAGAAAGUGUUGCUAUUAUGCAAUAUUUAUGCGAUAAAUAUGGACCAGAAAGUUCUCUAUAUCCAAAAAACCCAAAAGAAAGAGCAAUAGUUAAUCAGAGACUAAAUUUUAAUAUGGCAUUUUAUUAUAGCAGUAUUGGACAAUAUGUUAUGGCACCAAUUUUCUUUGAUUAUCAAAGAACUGAACUUGGUUUAAAAAAAGUUCAUAUUGCUUUGCAGGUAUUUGAAACCUAUUUAAAAAGUUUGGGUACUAAAUAUGCCGCUGGAAACAAUUUAACAAUUGCAGAUUUCCCUCUUGUUACCGCUACAAUCUGUUUAGAAGCAAUUGAUUUUAAACUUGAUGAAUAUCCAUUAAUAAAAAAAUGGUAUGCUACAUUUAAAGCAGAAAAUCCACAACUUUGGGAAAUUGCUGAAGGUGGUAUGAAAGAAAUUGCAUUUUUCGAAAAAAAUCCACCAGAUUUAAGUGCAAUGAAUCAUCCAAUCCAUCCAAUUAAGAAAGUGAAAUAAGAAUUUUUUUGAUAACAAUUGUGUUUGAUUUUCUUUUUUGUUGAAAAGUUUUUCUAUAAUAAAUCUUGUAUAAAUUUGAUUUAAAAUUAUUUUGAGAUCAAUGAAA